GGCCGGGGUCAGGGGUAAGGCGUGGGAGGUGCGCACACCGGCAGGCCUCGGUGCACCGUUGCAGGGUCCGCGGCAUGUGCGAGGGUCCGUCCCGCAUCUCGGGGCCCAUUCCCCCAGACCCUUCGCUGUGCCCCGACUACUACCGGCGACCAGCCUCAGCCCAGGGGCGGCUUGAGGGAAAUGCGCUGAAGCGGGACCUGCUUACCUGGAACCCGGACCUGGAUACCACCCCUCCUCAGGGCCCUCGCAUCGGCCCUGAAGCCCGAAAGAUCCUGGAACGAGGGCAGCACGGCGUGGGGCGAGUGCUACUGCAACUCGGGGCCAUCACUCUGCGCUCUGGGGCCUCUCCCAAGAGAAAGGACCCUAAAGACCACGAGAAAGAGAAUCUGAGGCGGAUCAGGGAGAUCCAGAGGCGCUUUCGUGAGCAGGACCGCAACCGGGAGGAGGGCCAGGCCAGGCCCCUGAAGGCUCUGUGGCGCUCACCCAAGUACGACAAAGUGGAGUCCAGGGUCAAGGCCCAACUGCAGGAACCCGGCCCCACCUCUGGGACAGAGCCUGCUCACUUCCUGAGGGCCCAUUCUCGCUGCGGCCCUGGGCUCCCUCCACCCCGUGUCCCCAGCCCCCAACUAACCCCAUCAGGUCCCAGUGCUAAGGGACCAGGCCUAGGAGUGGACUUCAUUAGCCACAAUGCCCGUGCUGCUAAGAGGACGACUCCCCGGCGGCAUUCCCGCUCACUGCAGGUCUUGGCACAAGUGCUGGAGCAACAACGGCAAGCCCAGGAGCACUACAAUGCCACGCAGAAGGGCCACGUGCCCCAUUACUUGCUGGAGCGCAGGGAUCUGUGGCGCCGGGAGGCAGAGGCCCGCCAGCUUAGCCAGCCGGACCCUGCCAUGCCCCCCGGCCAUAUUCGCAUGCCCGAAAACCAGCGGUUGGAGACCCUGAACAAUCUGCUCCAGAGUGAGUCCUCGGGCAAGGGGGGGCUGGAGGGAGCACCCCUGGGGACCAUGCACUCCCGCGGAGCCCUCACUGCUCCGGGCCCCUGUAGGCCAACAGCAGCUGCUGCGCGAGCUGGUGCUGUUGCCUGCUGGAGCAGACUCACUGAAGGCCCAGGGCCACCGCGCUGAACUGGACCGGAAGCUGGUGCAGGUAGAGGAAGCCAUCAAGAUCUUUUCCCGCCCCAAAGUUUUUGUGAAGAUGGACACCUGAGUCCCUUUUGGGGGUGGUGAUUAUGGGGGAAACCGCAUUGAGGAUGACCAGAUGGCCACAAAAGGCAGGGUCAGGCGACACAGAGUGGAGUCUGAGGCGGGAGCGGUAGGAUGGUAGUGCCCCAGCGCACUCUUUCCGCCUCUCGACUGUAAUGGGGCCCUCCCGCCCUCUUCGCCCUUGUCAAAUUAAACCUUUUGUACAUAAUGAGGUUUGUUUCCAUAAAAGCUUUUCUUAUCCUAGAAAUUCCAAGCCCAGUGACCCUCCUGCUGCUUGACCAAAGGCAGCCUGCCG